AUGACUGCAACACCCUCGCCCCAAGUCACCCUCAUCAAGCUCUCCCCCGAAGAGCUCGCAACACAACAAAUCGACUCUCACAACCUCCAAAACGCAAUCGAGGCGCUCCAUCGUGACGGUAUUGUGGUCCUCGAGAAUGCCGUCGACACCGCACACCUUGAUAAGUUAAACGACCGCAUGGUCCCCGAAGCCAAAACCCUUUUCGAACGGGAGUCAACACACCGAAACUUUGGUCUCAAGACAGGAAACAUCCAGCAAGAACCCGUUGUCGAGAAAGACUAUAUAUUCCAAGAUAUCCUGGCCAAUCCUUUUGCCGUGCAAGUCGUUGAAUGUCUCUUUGGGCCUCGACCAGCCCUACGUUUCUACAGCGCCAAUACGGCCUUCAAGGCUGAAAAUCGACAGCCCGUGCAUGUUGACGUGAAUUUUGAUUUCCCCAAGAUUCCGUGGGGGUAUGCGGUUAACAUCAACUUGAUUGAUACGAAACCCGAGAAUGGGGCUACGGAGGUUUGGUUGGGAAGCCAUCUUGAUACAACAAAGGAUGUGCUGGACCCGCAGGCGGCAGAGAAGCGGGUGAGGGAGGAGUUACUUGAGGAGAGGCGCAAACUGGGUUUCCAUGGCAUUCAGCCAUCUUUGCCAAAGGGGAGCCUGAUUAUUCGUGAUAUGCGGCUGUGGCAUGCUGGAAUGCCGAAUCGGACAGAUGAGCCGAGGGUUAUGUUGGUGACGAUCCUCUUUCCACACUGGUAUCGCAGUGAGCAAAAGAUAAUUCUACCCAAGAGUUUAAAGGGGCAUACAAACUGGGGGGACGUUAAUGUUUGUGUGGAAUGGGCUGAAGACGGCCAUGAUUACUUGCAGGGUCGACAUGACCAUGACUUUUCUCUGAAGCCAUGA